AAAAAACCAAAAACCCACUUGCCAAACAGGGCCUUUCUUCCCCAAAUCAUCUCCCCAACGAUUCCAGACGGCCCUGCACCUGCACAUGGCGAUGCGGUCAGAAACUGUCUAACAUGAGCCGCUGUGCGCCGUAGCCCAUGCCCGGUAACCCUAUCUUCUCUCUCUAACAGAAACUCCUUGUGUAGAGAGAGAGAGAGAGAGAGAGAGAGAGAGAGAGAGAAUGGCGAACUCGAAUCCAGAAUUACAGAGCAUGGAGAUUCUUCCCAUGGCGCUCUUGGCAACCAUCACGACGAAGCUCGACGUUCCUUCGAUCUGCUCAGUCGCUUCUACUUGCAAGACCUUCAAGGCUUGCGCUUCUCACAUCUUUUCAUUUCUCCCCAAUUUCCACCUCCUUGAGAUUGCAGCGUCAAUCGAUUUGUUGAGGCCUUUGUUGCCUCCAAACCCUUACCUUCAGAGCCUCAAGGUUGAUUGUACUCGCCUCGACGAUACCGCCAUUGAUUCUCUCCUUCGUCCUUCUCUGCACGACCUUUCGCUUCACAAUUGCUCCGAUUUUAGCGGCAAGCUUCUCUCUGAGGUCGGCACACGAUGCAAGGACCUAAGGUCUCUGUACUUGAGUUCCGUGGCAGAGAAAAGAGGGCGAUCGAUAGAAGUGUCUGAUCUAGAGGAGUUGCUAAGUGGUUGCCCUGAAUUAGAAACACUGAUCCUGAUGUUUGAUGUUUCAAUAUUUCUUCGUCCUAAUUUUGCUCGGGUUUGGGCUUUGGCUUCUACAAAACUCACUUCUCUUGAGAUUGGGUAUAUUUCUUCUGUAAUGGUGACCGAACUGCUUAGCCCAACUGUUGGACACUAUCAAUCCCCAAAUCAUGUUAGGGCAUCCAUCUUGCCUAGUAUUUGCAAAUUGUGCCUUUCAGUAGAUUACAUUACCGACACUAUGGUCAGCACAAUAUCUAAAAAUCUCAACUCCUUAACCCAUUUGGACCUUCGAGAUGCACCGAUAAUUGAACCUACUGUUGCAUUCGAUCUCACCAACUUCGGCCUUCAACAAAUUAAUCAACAUGGGAAACUGAAACAUCUUUCCUUGGUCCGAAAGCAGGAGUUUGUCACUACCUACUUUAACCGAGUUAAUGAUCUUGGACUCCUUUUGAUGGCCGACAGAUGCGCAAGCAUGGAAAGUAUAUGUCUUGGUGGUUUCUGUCGGGUUACAGAUACUGGUUUCAAGACAAUCUUGCAUUCUUGCUCAAUGCUAUACAAGUUUAGGGUUUCUCAUGGGACCCAACUAACUGAUCUGGUAUUUCACGACAUCUCUGCAACUUCACUUUCUCUGACGCAUGUUAGUUUAAGACGUUGUAAUCUCUUGACAAACCACGCGAUCAUGCGUUUAACAUCCAACAUGGAUCUUAGCGUUCUUGAUUUGAGGGACUGUAGGAACCUCGGAGAUGAAUCCCUCAAAGCCAUCAGCACGCUUCCAAAAUUAAAAACUCUACUAUUAGACGGUUCUGAUAUAAGUGAUGUGGGAUUGUCAUACUUAAAGAGAGGAGUGAUAAGUUCACUAAUUUCGUUGUCAGUCAGAGGUUGCAAGAGACUUACAGACAAGUGUAUCUCUUUUUUGUUUGAUGGCUCUUGUACACUCGUGCUGCAAGAACUGGACCUAUCAAAUCUUCCCAAUUUCUCUGAUGCUGGUGUCCUUUUACUUGCGAAAAGUCGGGUUCCAAUUACCGAGCUCCGAAUGCGUCAGUGUCCGCGUAUAGGCGAUACUUCGGUUAUGGCAUUAGCUUCAAUGCAGGUUGAAGAGGAUUGGUGUCGGGGGAGUAUCUUGCGAUUGUUGGAUCUUUAUAACUGUGGUGGGAUUACAGAACUUUCAUUCCGAUGGUUGAAGAAGCCUUAUUUUCCAAGGUUGAGAUGGUUGGGUGUCACAGGAAGUGUGAACAGAGAUAUGGUAGACGCUUUAGCUAGAAGUAGACCGUUCUUGCAUGUGGCUUGUCGUGGUGAGGAGUUGGGUACGGACCAAUGGGAUACCUCGGAUGAACUGUACAUGCAUGUGUACGAAGAAAUGGAUGAACUUGAGCAGUGGCUUCUUGAAGGUGAAAUUGAGAGUGGUGAUGAUGAUGAUGAUGAGGAGAUGGAGGAUGCUGAAAAUGAUGUUUGAGUUGGUGGGUUGAUCUUGAUCUGCAAGCUUUUACUAUUUAUGUAGCUUUAUGUUACUUUUGUGUGUGUAAAUUAAUAGUCUCUUGUGUAUUUGUGCUUAGGUUUCAGCAAGUGUGAACAUACCUUGCUGACUGUAUGCAAUAUCGUUGUAUGUUACUUUUGUGUAUGUAUAUUAAUAGUGUCUUGUGUAUUUGUGCUUUAGGUUGAAGCAAGUAUGAACAUUGCUUGCUGACUGUAAUGUUUUGCAGUAUGGGUUGUGUAUCAAAUGCCCACUUUGUGAAGUCUGGUUCAUUGUGCACGAACAAUACACAAAUUUUGGUUGGUUUAAAACAAUAGAGUACAAUUUUAGGUGAAGUUAAUACAAUUUUUGAAUGUGGGAGCUGUAGAUUUAGACUGAUCA